AUGGCCGCCAGGCUGGGGAAUUUUAGGAGCGCGUUUGGAAAAGUAAAUCAGAUAAACAACAUGUUUUUGCCUCAAUUUGAAAACUUGAAGCAAAGAAAGCUUGGAAGGUCAGCCAUUAAUAUUUUCACCGACUACAAAGCCGUGUUCAAGGACUUUUACUUGCAGGCAAAAGAAAAACCAUUUCGAUUUCUUACGGCGCUGGCCACGUUUGGUGGUCUGUAUUACAUUUAUGAGCACAACCCAGACGUUAAUUCUUAUGAGGACGCUCUGUUGGAAUCCUCAAAUGAACUGUUACAGAUCAGUCAUCUAAUAAGGAAUCCAGCGUCGGACAGUUACGUCCAAAACUUGCUGAAAUUUCGUAACCAGGAGAGACUAAGAAUUCAAAGUUUGGGCCUCCUCUCGCUAGUAUGGGUAUCAGAAUUUGGACCAGGCUGCGAUCUUUAUGAAAAACACUGCUACUAUACUCAGCCCAGGUGGAAGACAUUUCCUCAAAAGGUGAUUGACGUGGGGUUCCUCGGACAUUGGCUUUUCCUGGAGAAGGCUAUGAAGGAUUUUGAUGUAAAUGAAGCUGAAUUGGCAGACUGUCCUCCUAACACAUAG